GUUAAGACCAGAAAUCUGUUGACCAUCCCGAUGCCUCGUUACCAUUAAAUUAUCAUAACUCAAAUUUUCGAACAAGAAUACAUCAAAAACAAUCUACAAGCAAAGACAAGACUGUCUUCACUAUGGCUCAUCAGCGAUCGAUCCUCGAGAGGAACAGAAAAGAACCGUUACGAGUGCACAAGUUCGAACCAACGACAUUACAAAGACCACAGCAACCAAGCCAAAGAUGAAUAAAGCCGCAGAAGAUUUAGUCAGACCAAUGGAAGGAUUGGUAUUAGAGAAGACCGUCAACUCAUCAGCAACAAUGGAGACCACAAACACCAAGGCCGAAUUAAAGGAGAAAGACAUGAAUGCAGUCGGCAACGAUGUAUCCUCCAACCUUCGCGGUCAUUUUCAGAAAGCAGAUAUCGUCAAGCCUGACGUAAAGUCUAAUUUUACAACAACUGCUGCUGAGAAUGAACUUGCAAAGAAAAUCACUGAUCAGGAUGAGGAUGAGGAUGCAGCCUACAAUAUGAUCAAAGCUCAUUUUCGUUCCAUGAGCUCGGGAGGAAAGAAGGGAGGCGCUGGUAAAUGGAGCUUCUUAAUCUAAUGUCAAUAAGCUAUGCUUAGAAGAAAAUCCUCAAGUGUCACGAUGGAAAUGUCAAUCGAGAAAGAGCACAUCUGUAAUAUGUUUUAGAGGCAUGUUACAGAGAAAUUAGCAACGAGAGGUUAUCACUAGGCAUUAGAUAAAAUUCAAACAGCAUUGUUCA